AUGGCAUCCACAAAGAUUCAAAAGCUUGGCAACGAUAAAAAGCUCGCGGAAGUACGAGCAAUCAUAGGAAGUGCUGUAGAAUUGACAUCUCAAAAACUUGAUUUGACAGAAAUUCAAGGCACGACACAAGAAGUUUCAUCGGACAAAUGCCGUCGCGCUGCUGAAUUGUUAGGUAUACCUGUUAUUACAGAAGAUACAUCCCUGUGUUUCAAUGCAAUGGGUGGGCUGCCUGGUCCAUAUAUAAAAUGGUUCUUGGACAAGCUUGGUCACGACGGACUCAAUAACAUGUUAGCUGGCUUUAAUGAUAAAUCUGCAUAUGCAUUGUGCACUUUUGCCUACUCGGCUGGUCCGGGAACAGAGCCGAUCCUUUUUGAGGGACGAACAGACGGCAAGAUUGUUCCGCCGCGUGGACCAAAAGACUUUGGAUGGGAUCCGAUUUUUCAGCCUGAUGGAUUCGAACAAACCUAUGCCGAAAUGUCAAAGACUGUGAAGAACAGUAUAUCGCAUAGAUACAAGGCUCUAGAGAAAUUGAAGUCGCAUUUUAUAAACACAAACUGA